AGGUUUAAUCUCACACUAAAUACCUGUUAAGGUUGAAAGAUAGUCUGCAGCAGUGUGAUGUUACCAUUACUGUUAUCUGUACUCUUCCUUCACUCAGUAUCUGCUAAACAGGACUGUAUUCCCGACCAGUGGGAGGACUGGAGUUCCUGUACAACAACUUGCGGUGCUACCGGUACACGGCAGCGGAGUAGGAAAAUAGCAAUAUUACCCACUGUUGACGGUGUACAGUGUAGUUCCCUGGACUUUCUGGAAGUAGAGGGGUGUAACAGGUUUUGCGAGAACGGCGGUAUCCUACAAUCCACAAUGUGUCAGUGUCUCCAGGGGUACUCCGGUUCAUGCUGCGAGCUGGAUGUCGAUGAAUGCGCUAAUGCUAAUGGUGGCUGUCAACAUAAGUGUGUUAACGAGAUUGGAUCCUUCAAAUGCGAGUGUUUCGCCGGAUUCGAACUGAACGACAUGAACGUUUGUAAAGAUAUUGACGAGUGUAGUGUGGGUAAUGGCGGUUGUGACAAUUUAUGUAUGAACUACUACGGUAGCCAUGUUUGUGGUUGCAUACCUCCUAAAAUAUUGGAGAUGGACGGACGGUCAUGUUCAUCGGAGAACCACUGUGUCACCGACCCGGACGCUGUUCACUGUGAACACGGGUGUGUCAUCCACAACAACCAGUUUAAGUGUGAAUGCCCUGAGGGCUUCACGCUUAACGAGUCUAAUUUCGAGUGUGACGAUAUUGAUGAAUGUCAGAGUAACCCCAUGUUCUGUGCUGGGGGUACGUGUAUUAGUGGGCGGGGCCCUAACAAGGCUCUUUGUAACUGUGGUAUUGGUAGAGGACUAGACUCAGAUGGAGAAAAGUGCAUUGAUGUUGACGAAUGUAAGGCAGGGAUCAGCCAGUGUAGUCACACGUGUGUAAAUAAGAAUGCUGGUCACGUGUGUCUCUGCCCGGCUGGUAUGAUCAUUGGAAAAGACCAUAAAACUUGUGAAGAUGAGAAUGAGUGUCUGAGGGACCCACCGCCCUGUUCCCACUCUUGCCAUGACCUGACAGGGAGCUAUGCGUGCGCCUGUCCGGCUAAUAUGGAACUGGAACAUGAUAACAGAACUUGCUGUGAGAUAGGAAAGUGUAUAAGACCCCUAUCUGCUGAGGGUAAGACCACCACGUCACAGAAACUAGUUAUCGCGGUGUCCGUGCUGGCAGUGGUGAUUGUGGGUAUUCUAGUGGUAGUAAUCUGGAGAAUGUUGAAGAGGAACCUCAGUACCAGUGAAAAGGUGCUAAGAGCAAUAAAGCACGGUGAACCCAGCCCACCUGACGUUUUCUACAACCCUAACACAGAAAGUAUGGAGCUGGAAACUAGAGGUAUGGGAGUAGCAGAUGAGGUAUCAAGAGCUGAGCCGUACCAAACAUUCCACAGGAAAAAUGUUAAGAAUUAUGGUAUUACCGAGGAGUAGUGCAGAGGAUGAAGUAUGGUAGUGACGCCGUAUGGCGGGUGCGCGCUACUGCAAGUGAGGACGACACGACCAUUUAACAAUACGUUAGUCAGCUCUGCAGAGAGCAGUGGCAAGACUGGCUAAAAUUAGGAUUCCUACUUAUCUUAAUUUAAACUUAAUUAUUGAUUUUGAAAGGGUCAUAACUUUUGCGGCCAUAACUUGCUCAUUAUGUUUAAAUUAUUUCAGGAUUACCACCAUUGUAAAUUGGACAAAUGUAAUUAUCAUUUUUUUGGGGUGAUAAAAUGCACAUAAUUGCGGACUUAUAACAUUUUAAUAGUAAUUGGUUUAUAGAUUACUAUUGUUUAAAAAUGAAACAUUUGCGAAUCGUGAGAGAAGUUGAACAAUGAACUUUUACUUACAUCUUGGGAAUGAGAUCUCGAUAAUGAAACUGCUGAGGAUAUGCAAGGCUUAUAAUGAUUAUUAUUUUUGAUGAUUUUCUUGUUUGUUGUUGCGAAAUGUUUUGGUUUAGUUAAAUACACGUCAGAUUUAUUAAAGAAAUAAUAUCAAUCAUAUUGUGAUUAGAAUAAAA